GAGCUCCGCGUCGGCCGGACGCUGGGGACGGGCACGUUCGGGCGCGUGAAGCUCGCCUUCGGCGGCGACGGCCGCCCCUACGCUUUGAAGAUGCUGCUGAAGGAGGCCAUGAUCGCGACGGACCAGACGGCGGCCGUGCUCCACGAGCGCGACGUGCUCCGGAAGACGCGGCACCCCUUCGUGCUCGAGCUCCACGGCGUCUUCCACAGCCGCGACGUCUGCUACUUCCUGCUCGAGUUCGUGCCGGGCGGCGAGCUCUUCUCGCACAUCCAGGACCGGGGCAUGGCCUUCGAGGAGGCGCGGUUCCUAGCCGCGCACGUCCUCGACGCGCUCGACCACGUCCACGCGCAGGGCGUCGUCUACCGCGACCUCAAGCCGGAGAACAUCCUCAUCGACGCGCGGGGCUACGCCCGGGUCGUCGACUUCGGCUUCGCCAAGGUGCUGCCGGCGGACGCCAUGACCUACACGAUCCUCGGCACGCCCGAGUACCUGUCGCCGGAGUGCGUGCUCGGCCAGGGCUACCGGUCCGACGUGGACCUGUGGGCCUUCGGGGUCCUCGUCUACGAGAUGCUCCGGGGCCGGUCGCCCUUCUGCCCGCCGAACCCGGACGACACCAUGGCCGUCUUCCGCCUCAUCACGGCCGCCAAGGUCCGCAUCCCGCCGAGCAUGGACGCGGGCGCCGCCGCGCUCGUCACGGCCGUGCUCCGCCGCGACCGCCGGAAGCGGCUCGGCGACCAGAACGGCGCGCCCGACAUCAAGGCGUCCGCCGUCUUUUCGUUCCUAAACGGCGACUGGGCCGCGCUCCGCGCCAAGGACAUCCCGGCGCCGCACGUGCCCGACCUCAACGGCGACGGCGACGCGUCCAAGUUCGACACGUACCCCGAGGAC